AUGUCGCUCCUCGCCCGCGCAAAAGACCUAGCCUACAACCCCGACCACACAAGAUGGAUGACUCCGCUCCUGCUCGUAGCAGACGCCGCGCUUUCAGGCGUGAUAAUCGAGAAGAUACCUUAUACUGAGAUUGACUGGACAACGUAUAUGCAGCAAAUAGCCAUCUUUCUGAAAGGCGAGCGCGACUAUAAGAAUAUUGCUGGUUCGACAGGUCCGCUCGUGUACCCUGGUGCGCAUGUGUGGAUCUACAAGCAGCUUUACAAGUGGACGGAUGAAGGGCGGGAUAUCGCUCUCGCGCAGUAUAUUUUCGCGGGAGUGUAUUUGCUUACGCUUGGUGUGGUGUUUCAAUGUUAUAGGAAGGCGCGGGUUCCACCGUACAUUUUCCCGCUGUUGAUUCUUUCAAAGCGCAUGCAUAGCAUUUUCAUGCUACGAUGCUUCAAUGAUUGUUUCGCAGUGCUGUUCUUCUGGCUGGCUGUCUUCUGCUACCAACGCGAUCAAUGGCAUCUGGGGAGCGCGCUGUAUAGCACAGGGCUGAACGUCAAGAUGAGCCUGUUGCUGCCUCUACCAGCAAUGGGUAUUCUCAUGGUCAUGAAACUGGGUGGAAGAGAAGCCUUGACGCAGGCCAUGAUCAUCGUGCAGGUUUCGGUUUUGUAUGGCUACCCCUUCAGGAAGCGCGCACCAAGCUAUUUCGCCCGCGCUUUCGAGCUCAGCCGUGCCUUCCUCUACAAAUGGACCGUAAAUUGGCGCUUCGUCCCGGAAUCUACGUUCCUCUCACGCCCGUUCGCCAUUGGCUUACUCGCUCUGCAUGUUGGCCUCCUCAUCUGGUAUGCGCGAACCCGCUGGAUCAAGCCCUCGAAGCGCAAUGUCAAAGAAUUCCUCAAGCUUUGUAUUCCAGCCAUUGAGCCCCGGGAUCAGGACACCAUGUCCAGCAAAAUCACCCCAGAUUUCAUUAUGACGACGAUGCUGACCGCGAUGACCAUUGGCCUACUGUGCGCGCGUAGUCUGCACUACCAGUUCUACGCGUAUGUCGCGUGGUGCACGCCGUUCCUGCUGUGGAAAGCAGGGUUCAACCCGGCCGUUGUAUACGCAUUAUGGGGCGCGCAAGAGUGGGCGUGGAAUGUGUACCCGAGUACAUCGGCAAGCUCGGCGACGGUUGUGGGCGUUCUGGCGAUUACGGUCGCAGGUGUAUGGUGGGGAACGAGGAAGGAGUAUGAGGGCGUGACGAAGGGUAUAAUCGAGGAGGACCAUGCGCACGCCGAGUGA